AUGGAAAUGUUUCGUGAAGGAGGUUCCACCUCUCGACCACCCAUGCUUGAAGGAGCUAACUACCCUUACUGGAAAACCAAGAUGAGGGCAUUCUUGAAGGCUGUGGACGAAAGAGUGUGGAUGGCUGUCUCUGAAGGUUGGUCCCCUCCCUCGGUUACUGAUGAAGAGGGAGAUAAACUCAAGAAAACCAGUGAGUGGACUGUUGAUGAAAUGGAAAAAGCAAACUUCAAUUCAAAGGCGCUCCAUGCUCUCUUUAAUGCAGUCUCAACCAAUCAGCUGAAGGUUAUCUCAAACUGUGAAGUUGCCAAGGAGGCUUGGGAAAAGUUAAGGAUAAAGAAUGAAGGAACAGAAGCUGUCAAGAAAGCUAGAUUGAGAGCUCUUGCAAAAUCCUUUGAAAACUUGUCCAUGGAUGAGGAGGAAUCAGUGACGGACUUUCAUGCCAAGCUAUGUGACAUCUCUAAUGAGUCCUAUGCUCUGGGGAAGGUAUACUCUAACAAGAAACUGGUGAGAAAGGUUCUUGGUGCCUUGCCAAAAAAAUUCAUGUCGAAGGUCACCUCAAUUGAAGAGAGUCGCGACAUUGAAGCUCUUGAUCUUGAUGAAUUAAUUUGCUCCCUGCAGAACUAUGAGAUGUCUCUGAAAAUGUGGUCCAAAGGGAAGAAACAGAAAGAUCUUGAAAAGGACAAGAGUGAAAUGGGAGUUGCCUUUGUUCUUAAAGAAGACACCAACAAACUGAAUGAAUCAGUUGAAUGCUCUAUGGAUGAGAACUUUGCCCUUCUUGCAAAAAACUAUGCUAGAUUUUUGAAAAAGAGCUUUAAGAAGAGCUCAGGUGCAGGAAAAGAAAACUCGAGUGGCAAAAACCAGUCCAAUUUCAACAAAGCUCCUCAGUCUGGUGAGGAAAAAGGAAGAGGGAUACAAUGUCAUGAGUGCAAAGGAUUUGGUCACAUACAGGCUGAGUGUGCCAACACCCUAAAAAAGAAGAAGGCUCUUACGGUGACUUGGAGUGAUAGUGAUGAAGAAGAGCCAAGUGAUAGCUCUAAAGAUGAUAAGUCCAUGAUUGCUUUCUUAGCUAAAGAAUGCUCCAGUGUAGCAUCAGAACUAGAGGAAACUAUCUCAGAUUCAGACUCUGAUGGUGCUGAAAAAAAUAGAGCCUAUGAAGAGAUGUUUGCUCAAUGGAGCUACAUGGCUAAAAGGAUCAAGGAACUUCAAGAUUGGAACAAGGAAUUGGAUGCCAGCAAAUCAGAUCUUGAAGAGAAGCUAAAAAAGCUCACUAUGGAACUGUGCUCAAAGGAUAGUGAGAUUUAUAAGCUAACUGCAGAACUGUUCAGAACUAAACAAUCCCUCUCAUGCUUGCCUCCAGGAACUGCAGCCUUGAAUCAAGCUCUACACAGUCAAAAACCAUAUGGGGAUCGCACUUCCAUAGGGUACAAAAUGUUAUAUAAACAAGGGCAGGAUCUGUCCAUCAAUGGUGCCUCAUCCUCACAUGAGGAAAUUAAACUCAACUUUGUCCCUGCCUCUGAGAACUUGCCAUGUAGUCAGAAAGAGAUCUCUUCUAGUGAGUCUUUGAAAAAGGUCAACAAUAAUCGAAGAACUGGACGAAAGAAACCUGCCCCAUCUCAAGAAAAAUUUGUACCAGUAUGCCAUUUCUGCAACAGAAGAGGGCAUAUCAGACCUAAGUGCUACAAACUGAACACCUAUUUGAGAAACCUGAUAAAGCGUCAGUCCACAAAGGGCAAAUCCUAUAACUCCUCAAGUGGGGCAUCAGGUAGAAAAUCAACUGGUAAGGCAAAAGACGUAGCUCUUGUGGCUCAUACGUCUCUGUCUGCUAUGCAAGAAAAUCACUGGUACUUUGAUAGUGGGUGCUCAAGGCACAUGACAGGCUCGCGUGAUUCUCUAAGCAACUUCAAAGACAAUCAAGAAGGGUCUGUGACGUUUGGAGAUGGUAAUCGAGGAAAGAUUAUGGGUUACGGAGAUCUGAAGUUGGCAGGCAAGUUCCCUCUAACAGGUGUUCUGUUUGUUCAAGGCUUGAAGGCCAAUCUGAUCAGCAUUGGGCAACUCUGUGAUGCAGAGUAUGAUGUACGUUUUACCAAAUCACAAUGCUUGGUGUCCUUAGCUGGAAGUGAAGUGUUAGUUGGAAAUCGCACAGCUGAUCACUGCUAUGCACUCGGAAGCCAAGUGACAUGUCAUCGCACGUUUAUGGACAAACUGGACUUAUGGCAUUACAGACUGGGUCACUUAAAUUUCAGGGACUUAAAAAGAAUUGUCAAGCUGAAAGCUGUACGAGGGAUUCCUGAACUGACUAUGAGCAGAGACAGAAUGUGUGGUCCAUGUCAACAAGGGAAGCAAACUCGAUCAUCCCACCCUCCUAUCAAUGACCUUUUGACAUCUCGAGUACUAGAACUGUUACAUGUGGACUUAAUGGGACCAAUGCAAACUGAGAGUAUAGCUGGAAAGAGAUAA